CAACUCUGCAAAAACAGGGUGUUCGAGUUGGAACUGCUCCCGUAUCUAGUUUAACUGUAACUUGUGAGUAAAAUACUGUACGUGCCUUUUGUGUUUGUUACGCCCCAACUAUAACAUCAGUCUCAACUAUAGUUGGGCCCUUCCCAACAACAGGGCUAUAGAGAAUAGUUACAGCACAGAGGUCCACCUGCACAUUUUGGUUGCUGUCAGUGGAUUCAUUGAAGAUCUCGUAAGCUCACCACAAUGUGGCUAACAAGAGAAGUAUGCAGAUGUCUACAUCACAAUAGUAGCGGCUGGAUCACCCUCAAAAAAAUCCCUAGGGGACGGUUUUCCAAUAACCAGUCUAUCCGGUUACCAUGGCAACCCAUCACAUCUGCUCCCUGGAGGGUGUCUUCCUCCAGCAGUCCAGCCACGGCCGACUCGGACUGCGACACCAUCUCUGUGGAAGGUCGGACAUUUCUGAGGGACGACAUGACAACAGUCACGCCCAAGAUCCUGUCGCGGGUGGGUCGUAACCUCCACAACCAAAAACACCAUCCGCUGUGUCUCAUUAAAGAGCGCAUCACUGACUUUUUCUAUGGGGCCUUCUUGAAUCGCCGUGGCAACCCGCUGUUCUCCGUCUACGACAACAUCAGUCCCGUGGUGACUUUACAACAGAACUUUGAUAGCCUCACCGUCCCCAAAGACCACAUCAGUAGGCGUAAGGGAGACAACUAUUAUAUAAACAGGAAGUACAUGUUGCGAGCCCAUACCUCUGCCCAUGAACACGAGCUGGUCAAGUGUGGUCUUGAUGCCUUCCUAGUCACUGGGGAUGUCUAUCGUAGAGAUGAGAUUGACGCCAGUCAUUACCCUGUGUUUCACCAGAUGGAAGGUGUCCGACUCUUCACAUCGCAUGAGUUAUUUGAGAAAUGCAGCGACAAGAACCUGAGCUUGUUUGAAAAUCCGCCUCAUCAACGGACUGCGGAGAAGCAAGGCCCACACACCCUGGAAGCCGUCAAGCUGGUUGAGUACCAACUCAAGAACACGCUUGUUAACUGUAUGAAGCAUCUCUUCAGAGAGGAUCUGGAGAGUCGCUGGAUAGAGACCGAGUUCCCGUUCACUCACCCGUCCUGGGAGCUAGAGAUCAAGUUCCAAGGAGAAUGGUUAGAGGUUCUGGGCAGUGGUAUCAUGUCACAUCAGCUGCUAGAUUCAGCUGGAGCUGGUGAUAAGAUUGGCUAUGCCUUCGGUCUGGGCCUGGAACGUCUAGCCAUGAUCAUGUUUAGCAUUCCAGACAUCAGGCUCUUCUGGAGCGACGAUGACAGGUUCCUCUCGCAAUUCAAAGUUGUGAAUCCUUCUCAAGUCAAGUUCAAGCCCUUUAGCAAGUAUCCUCCUCUAAUCCAAGACAUAUCUUUCUGGUGUCCGGACUCGUACACGUCCAACGAUUUCUACGACGUCAUACGGAGCGUCGCCGGAGAUCUGGUGGAGCAGGUCGGCCUGGUGGACGAGUUCCGUCAUCCCAAGACAGACCGGACCAGCCGGUGCUAUCGCAUCAUCUACCGCAGCAUGGAGAAGACACUAACCAAGGAGGAGGCGGGAGACGUGCACAUGAGAAUCGGGAGGACAGCCCAGGAGAGACUAGGCUUAGAGAUGAGGACAAAGUGAUCUCGAGUGAGCAAAAACGCACUAAAAGUGACGAUGUUACCUGCAAUUUUACCUUUCUCUGUUGCCAACAGGCAAAAUCAGCCCAAGAACUUGUCCAUUAUUUUGUACAGUGCUGCCAGUCAUGAGUCUGGUCAUCAGGUUUCUAGGUUUAGGAGUUACACAUGUUCAAACUUCUGGCAAAUGGAAAUCGAAUUUGAUUGCAGGAAAUGUUCACAGCGAAAUUCCUUCGAGUUGCAAUGUGUUCAACU